AUGGUUCUACGUAAAUCGAUGUACCGCAACUUGGUGCUAGUGAUCAUGGUUUUAUUAUUGAAUAAUUCCAAAGUGUUGUGUCAGAAAAAUAUAACUCUAACAACAAGUGGUGAUAGUGAAAAUAUCAAAGAAAAUCAAACAAUUAUCGAAAUGACAGAUUCUAUUACAUCGGGAAGAGCAUCGGACGCAAAUUCUUCAUUGGCUAUGAAUUCGAGAAAAGCGCGUUGGUUCCCAUUUUAUACCAUAGGACGUUUUCAAAAUGAGGUGUGUACGGGUAAAAAUAAUCUCUUUGGCACCUGUAUGGUGCGGGGCGAGUGUAGUGACAAUGGUGGUGUGUCUGCGGGAGGGUGUUCAACCAUAACAAAUCAGGCAGUGUGUUGUAUUUAUCAAAAAACCUGUGGCGCUACUACGCAGUAUAACAAUACCUACUUCUAUAAUUCCGGCUACCCGGGUACCUACGGUGGUGGUGGACGUUGCACGAUUGUGGUGCAACCCUGUGAUUCGAAUAUUUGCCAACUGAGAAUUGAUUUCCUAUCGCUUUCGUUGGCCCCUCCAAAUGGUGAUGGUUAUUGUGUAACGGAUUCCUUGCAGAUUACUGGAGGUGCUUCAAGGGUCCCUGCAAUUUGUGGUGAAAAUUCCGGGCAACAUGUUUAUGUGGAUUUUAAUGGCGAGUCACCGAUUACCAUUUCGGUUGCCACUUCGGCCGGCUACACCUUCAAUCGUCAUUGGCAAUUUCAAAUAACGCAAUUGGCAUGUGCCUCACCGACACAGGCCCCCUCAGGAUGUUUGCAGUAUUAUAUGGAAGAAAGUGGCACUGUGCAAAGUUUUAAUUAUGUAUCGGCACCGAAUUCUUUGACAAAUUCCAUUGGAGUACCCGGUUCGCGGCAAAUUGCCAAUCACAUGUAUGGCAUCUGUAUAAGAAUGGCGGCGAAUAAAUGUUCGAUUACCUGGUCUCAGGUGGAUUCCGAUGCAUACUCAUUUACCCUGACAAAUGAUGUGGGUGCUGUGGACCCUUCGUUGUUGGCCACCGAGGCUGUACAGAGCCAGGAGUGCAGCACAGAUUUUAUUGUAAUACCAAAUCCGCAACAGAAUGGUGCAUCGCUGCCCAGUGAUCGGUUUUGUGGUUUGGGCCUAGUGGCCACAACAAGUGCCACCAAGCCGUUUGUGUUGUUCGUCAAUACAGAUGGUAAUGAGGAUUUUGAUAUAUCAAAUCGUGGAUUUUAUUUGUCAUACUCACAGAAUGGUUGCCCGAUAUUGUGA